AUGCAAGCAUGUUAUCGCUUCAUUGUUGUCAUCCAAAAACACAGUCAAUCCUGUUCACUAUUUUCUUUUAUCCAUGUGGCAUCUACGGCACUUGGUUGA